ACAAAAAGGAUAGAUGCCGUCCCAUCCACAAGCGUUCUCCUCUCCCCUUGAAGGAGGAGAAAAUCACCGGAAACUACUGGCUGUAGUUAUGAAUACAAGUUCAAGAACAUGCAUGGAUUUGCUCCGUCUCUGACACCCUUUAGAAACUUCCUAGCUGUAAAACCAUUAUUGUUCUCUGAAGCUCAAUCCAAGUUUUUGGUACCGGAUUGCAGCAAGUUUAUUGUGAUAAAGCAACCGGGUUUUUCUCACACUUUGAGCUGCAGAAACUACUACUGCUAUGGAGAGAGGAGAAAUAAGAGGUGCGCUAGUGUGAGGGCGAGUCGAAGAGAGUCUCCACACGAAGUUUUAGGAGUGUCUCCUUCUGCAACUCCCAAUGAUAUCAAAAGGGCCUAUCGCAAGCUCGCUCUCAAGUAUCAUCCCGAUGUCAAUAAGGAGGCGAAUGCACAAGAAAGAUUCAUGCGGAUUAAGCAUGCGUACAAUACAUUGCUAAAUAAAUCUGACAGAAGAUUUGAUAAGGGAAACCGUGGAUCUGAAUCUUCUUAUUCCACAGCUGGUAGAAAUGAUAAUUGGACUGUGAACAAUGAUGAAGAGUUUUAUGGAUUUGGUAACUUUUUGAGGGAUGUCCAAAUAUCCAUAGAGGACUUCUUUAAGGAUCUUCAAGAAGAAUUUCGGAACUGGGAGGCUGGUGCUGAUUCGCAAGGAAAGCCAAAGAGCUUGUGGGAGGAAUUGGCGGAAAUUGGAGAAGAAUUUGUUGAGUUUUUGGAGAAAGAGCUGAACAUUUCUGACGUUGAAGCGGAACAAACCAAGGGUAACCAGCAGCAACGGGGUAAUGCAUCCUACGGAUCAAAGGAAACAGGAAAUGUAAACCAAAAUGAUGCAGGCAACAGUGGGAUCGAGGAAAAUAUCAAUGAUAUCGAGGCAGCCCUUGCGCAGUUGAAGAAGGAACUGGGUCUUUAAGGAUUCUACGCUCAAAAAGAUUUAGGAAUGAGGACUAAAACUUGUUGCUUUUGGAAUGGGAUUUUGAGGAAUCGGGUUGUGAUUUUGGUAUAAUUUUCUGGUUGGAUGAACCCAAACAGCUUCCGGCUAACGCUGCCUAAUCUGCGACAGGAUGUUUUACGUCAAAGUUGAAUUUUUUUUCACCCGUACUAUCUGAAAUUCAUGGUGGCCGUCUCGCCAGAUUCCAAGUGUACAAGAAUUGUGUAAAUCUGGCCAUGAUUGUGAAUCAAAGAGAGAGAAAGUGUAACUGAUAAAAAGAAAGGUGUGUGGAUAAAUUAAUUGUACAAUUUCACAUCUCCUGUUUCUGUUGUGCCAAAAUAAUUCAUCUUUUAGGGGUAAUUUCAGAAACCUUGGCACUCGAACUUUGAAAAAUCUCACUUAUGUUACCUCUCUUACUUUAAGCUUUUUUGUUUCA